UGUGCUAAGAUCUGUUCACACUGCAUGUGCUUGUGUGUGUGAAAAUUAUAGGUUUUACCAAUCAGCUCAUACAAAUUCUUUGAAUAAUUUACAGAGACAUAGAAAAUGGUACGCAUAAAACAUAAACACAAUUCAACCCUUCUGAAUGCAGGUUCAUUUUCUCUUCCCAAUUGUACGAACAAGAACUCAACCCUAGUUACAGCCAGCUAUACCAAAAUUAAAGCAUUUCCUAAGCCAGAGGAUAUCACAGAAACUAAAAGUAGUGGAAAAAUUGUUGAAUAUGAAUCCUGUUGUAUAGAUGGUUUCGUUAUUUAUUCAUUCGCAACUGCCGAAGAACAACAUGAGUUCUCUCCUUCAACUGCGUUAAAAGUGUUUCCUUCACCCAUUAUACCUAAAGCACUAAAAAAAACAAAGAUCCUGGAAGAAAUAACACAUAGUGUUGAAAAAAAUGAAAAUGUUACCUGUACUCGCCAGAAAAAUACUUGCACGUCGUGUGGCAAAGAAUUCGUGUUUCUGUCGUCUUUGGAAUUCCAUCUUCGAAGUACAAUACCAAAAGACUCAGUAAUUUUCGAGUGUGAGUUUUGCCCACAUCUUUCUUACGGAAGCGACACGAUGCGUAUGCAUGUACGGCAUUUGCAUGGAAAAAGGCUUUAUGACCAGUUCAGCAGCGACGAACUGAGAGAAUUGUUUGACGAACAAAUUCCACCCUGUAAUCGGGAUUGCAGUAAUGCAUCAAAUAUUUGAAAAGAAUCAGCGAAUCAUUUUUUUUUAUACCAAACUUUUUGUUUUAAAGAAAUGGCAAUUAUUGGUUGCUAAUUCCAUUAAUUAACAUUACGUUAUU